GAUGGCUCCACUUGCUUGCAGUGUCCUGGUGACAGGCUCCAACCGGGGAAUUGGACUAGAACUGGUGCAGCAGCUUGCCGAGACAACAGAUCCACCAGAGCACAUCUUUGCAACUUGCCGGAAUCCUGCUGGAUCCCAAGGAAAGGCUCUGCGUGAACUGGCUGACAAACACCCCACUAUUCAUGUGGUUCAGUUAGAUGUGAAGGACCCAUCCAGUCUCAAGGCUGCUGUGUCAGUGGUUGAGUCCCAUCUAAAUGGUAAAGGCCUGAAUUUGCUAAUCAACAAUGCUGGAGUUGCCAUCUAUGGCUCGCUGGAGACGAUGGAGCAGGAAGAAAUGUUGUCUGUGUUCAACACCAACGUAGUAGGGCCCACCCUUGUGGUCAAGGAGUUCUUGCCCCUGUUGAAGAAGGCAGCUAGAGAGAGCGCAACAGAGGGAAUGAGUUGUGGCAAGGCCGCCAUCAUCAACCUUACUUCCAGACUGGGCUCCAUUGGGCGAGGCUUUGAAUUUGAAGGUCCACCUGUGUACUCGUACCGUGUAACCAAGGCUGCUUUGAAUAUGGCAACGGCAUGCAUGGCAUCAGAACUGCAAAGCGAGGGGGUCUUGUGCACUGCGCUCCAUCCUGGCUGGGUGAAAACAGACAUGGGAACAGCCGAGGCACCUUUGACUGUCGAGUGCAGCGUGCGGGGCAUCCUCAGAGUCCUUGCUAAUUUAUCAUCAUUGGAAACAGGGGCUUUUCUGGACUGGGAAGGAAACCACUUUCCCUGGUGAGGAGAUUUUGGUCAGAGCUCCAGAACACCUCAACAGUGCUGAGCAUCUAAAUUGUGAAAGUUUGUGCCUUUUAAUAUGCCGAUUCUCGUUUCCUUGACGCUUUAGCCGCUGUUUACGUUUUCUGGGCAUUUGUUCCCAUUCAGGUUUGAGAACAUUUUGCAUUAUUAAAUGGGAGCAUUUUGUGUUGCCAAAUAUCCCUGUUUUAAAUUCUUGAGCUUUUCAGCAGCUCAGCCCUGAGACUCUAACACCCGCACUGACACCAUUAGUUUGCCUGCUCUGGCAGAUGGAAACACCCCUAACACGGUUCGGAGAACAUAACAAUGGCAUCGGAGCCCAUGAUAAUGCCAACCAGCAGGUACACACAAACUCAGUCAUGUGUAUGUAUGAAAAGUACCAUCAAGUCGCAGCUGACUUAUAUGGCAACCACGUAUGGUUUUCAAGGCAAGAGACAAACAGAGGUAGUUUGCCAUAGCCUGCUUCUGCAUAGUGACCCUGGACUUGCUUAGCAGUCUCCCACCCAAGUACUAGCCAGGGCUUACCCUGCUUAGCUUCUCUGACGAGAUCAGCCUAGCCUGCACCAUCCAGGUCAGGGCAUACUUACUUCUGAGAUCUGAUGAGAUCAGGCUAGCUUGGGUCAUCCAGCCAUGCACCCUCUCAAGUCAGAGCACUGCCUGCUAUGCAUAUACAGAACACACCAAAGAAGGGUACAAAAAGGAUCAUCAUUUUAAGUCAACC